AUGUGCUCGGCGGUGUGGGCGCUGUUGUUGGGCAUGGCGGCGCUGGUGUGCGGAAGGAGCGCUCGCGGUGACGCAGACAUUGAGCGCCUCCUGCACGGGGUGAUGGAGCAACUGGGCAUUGCGCGACCCCGCGAGGAGUUUACAGCGCACCAAGCGGCUAAUGUAGCAGGCCCUCUCAGCAUCCAGGGUGGUGCUCAUGAAGGACUUCAGCAUCUCGGCCCCUACGGGAACAUCCCUAAUAUUGUUGCAGAACUGACUGGGGACAAUGUUCCAAAAGACUUCAGCCAGGACCAUGGAUAUCCUGAUCCCCCUAACCCAUGCCCUCUGGGAAAAUCAGCUGCUGAUGGGUGUUUGGAGAAUUCACCAGACACAGCUGAGUUCAGCCGAGAGUUUCAGAAACACCAGCAUCUCUUUGACCCAGAACAUGACUACCCCUCACUGGCCAAAUGGAAUAAAAAGCUGUUAUAUGAAAAACUGAAAGGAGGACCGAAAAGAAGAAAAAGGAGCACCAACCCAUAUCUGAUGGGACAGAGACUGGACAAUGUGGUGGCUAAGAAAUCUGUGCCGCAUUUCCCAGAGGAGGAAGAAAUGGAAACCACUACAAGACAAGUCUGAAUGUAAUAUUAAAAUAACGGUUGUAUAAGAGAGUUACUGUAUCUAUCUGUGCAUGUUAAAAUUAGGAUCAGUAAACCUGAACCAUGAGAUGAAACU